AUGGAUUAUUUUUCGAUCGUCUUCAACGACGACGGCGGCGGCGAUGAUAAUAAUAAUAACAGUACAGCCGAACAAAAUAACGAACGAGGAGUGAACUGCAGUGGCAGCUGCUGCAGCAGGAUGCGCGUCUAUCGUUCCCUCGGCGAGAAAGCAUUCGCCCAGGAAGUAGGAAUAUGUAUUUGUCCUGGACGUGCCACGACGUCGAUCGAGGGAGAUUUAUCAUAUAUAUGCUCAGUGUGA